AAAAAGUAUGUUAAAGAUACAUCUUCACUUCCGGCUGCUGUUCGCAAGGGAGCGAUUGAUACUAGAGAUUCAAAGAUCCCCUGGCAUCAAUCGAUAACUUCGGCCAGAAUUUGAUCGAGCAGGCGGAGCAGCGAUGAGAGGGUGUCAUAGAGACUGAAGGAGAGUAUGUCCAGAUUAUUCGCUAAACUGUUGGGGUUUUUCAGCUCUAGAACCCUCGUAGGUGUCGAUAAAGCCGGCAAUCGCUAUUUCACCCGAAAGGAGGAAGUCGAUGGAAUCAACAGUGAAGGAGAAAAGAAGGGUGUUAUUCAAAGGGGAAGAGGAUCCCACUUCCAUACCAGUUGAGUGGAUAUGUUGGUUAAAUGGCCAGAGGAAGACAGCUCCAACUCCUGAGGAAAUGGCCGAGCUGGAGGCUAAGCGUGAGCGAAUUAGACAAAAUGUUGCACUGUUUAAGAAAGAGGAGGAAGCAAAAAAGUUGGCCAAUGCUACUCACCAAGCAAGCAGGAUAAUAGGCAAAGAUGCUUCUCCCGAUCUUAAGAGUUUCAUCAAACAAUUCCCUGAUGCUUCUGAUAACCAAAAUAGAGGAAGUGAGGAAGCAUCUGUUGCAGUGGGCGAUGAAAGCGAAGAGAGGAUCUCUGAGCCAACUGGUUCUGGAGAAUCAUUCAAACCUGGAACUUGGCUACCGCCUACUUGAAUUAAGCACCCACAGACUGAAUUUAAACCAUUUUAGAAUCAGCUCAUUAGAACAGGUAUUUUUUAGUUUAAUAAUUGUUCAUUUUACAUAAAAAGCAAGCAUUUUGGUGGUUUUAAAUUAUAUCCACAUAGAAGGUGGCCAUAUGCUGGUCCUUGAUUGAAUUCUAAUUAAAAGAGCUACUUUAAAAAUAGUGAUGAAAAAAUAGGUGGAAAUUUUUGGGCCAAAAUGCUGUAAUUACACAUACUUUCUAUUCUUUAAUUUAGAGAAGGAAUGACAUUGUAAUUCUAUAUUUUUGCCA